AUGUCGAUGCUAGUGAAUGGUAGUCCUACCAAGGAGUUCGUGGUGGAGAAAGGCUUAAGGCAAGGGGAUCCGCUUUUGUCGUUUCUCUUUGUUAUUGUGGUGGAGGGCUUAAAGGGGUUAGUUAGUAAGGCGGUGGAUAUUGGUGAAUAUGUUGGUUUCAACAUAAGGAGAGCUUGUAGUGUGGAUAUCCUUCAAUUUGCGGACGAUACUUUAUUGAUAGGCUCCGAAGAAGGUCUUAAAGGAAAUUACGAGGGAGGCCUUGGUUUGCGAAGGAUUAAAGACUUUAAUUUAGCUCUUCUUCAUAAAUGGCGUUGGAGGAUUCUUGGUGGUUCGGAAGCGUUAUGGUAUGAUGUGUUGAAAGCUAGAUAUGGAGAUAUUAAUCUUCAUGUGGUUUCUUUUGAUGCAAAAAAUUCUAAGAAGAUUCUAAAAUCUUCUUGGUGGAUGGACAUUUUGUCGUUGGAAGAUAGUUACACCGAAAUUUUUUUUGUUGAUAAUUGUAGGUUUAUUGUUGGUAGCGGAUACAACAUUUCUUUUUGGCAAUCAAGGUGGAUGGAGGAUAUAUGCUUGAAGGAAUUAUUUCCGGUGGCGUACAAUCUUUCGGAUUUGAAAUUUGUGUCGAUAGCUUGCAUGGGAGGUUAG